CCCCCUAACAACGUGGAGGCCAGAGUUUCUUUUAUCUCACUUGUGUUUGCCGGAGCCUGGAGUCGCAGGAGCCGCCAUAUUGUGUUCCCACAGACGUUGAGAGCUUAUGCUGUUCCAUCAGCUGCUCCUGCUAAGCCAUCGCAUCUGUCCUGAACACUUGCACCUCUUACCUGCAGUAAGAAGGUACCAUACGAGGUGAUCCCCAAAAAUAGUACCUUCGCCGCUUUGUUCGGAAUAUGUCAGGACCAGUCCCAAGUCGAGCCCGAGUUUACGCUGAUGUAAACACACAGAGACCCCGGGAGUACUGGGAUUACGAAUCGCAUGUUGUCGAGUGGGGAAAUCAAGACGAUUAUCAGCUGGUGCGGAAACUAGGCAGAGGCAAAUACAGCGAAGUGUUUGAAGCCAUAAACAUCACAAACAAUGAAAAAGUAGUCGUCAAAAUACUCAAGCCAGUCAAGAAGAAGAAAAUCAAGCGAGAAAUUAAAAUUCUAGAAAAUUUAAGAGGUGGCCCCAACAUAAUCACGCUUCUAGACAUUGUCAAAGAUCCUGUGUCUCGGACGCCAGCCCUGGUUUUUGAACAUGUAAACAACACAGACUUCAAGCAAUUGUAUCAAACGUUAUCAGACUAUGACAUUCGGUUCUACAUGUAUGAAAUCCUAAAGGCCCUGGAUUACUGUCACAGUAUGGGAAUCAUGCACAGAGAUGUUAAACCACACAACGUAAUGAUUGACCAUGAACACAGGAAGCUUCGUCUGAUAGACUGGGGUUUGGCAGAAUUUUACCAUCCUGGCCAGGAGUACAAUGUUAGAGUUGCAUCCAGGUACUUCAAGGGACCUGAACUGCUGGUAGACUACCAGAUGUAUGACUACAGUUUAGACAUGUGGAGUUUAGGUUGCAUGUUGGCCAGUAUGAUCUUCAGAAAGGAACCCUUCUUCCAUGGACAUGAUAAUUAUGAUCAGCUUGUGCGAAUUGCUAAAGUUCUGGGCACAGAAGACUUGUACGAUUACAUUGAUAAAUACAACAUUGAAUUAGACCCUCGGUUUAAUGACAUUUUGGGCAGACAUUCCCGCAAAAGGUGGGAGCGAUUUGUACAUAGUGAGAACCAGCACUUGGUGAGCACUGAAGCACUGGAUUUCCUUGACAAACUGCUUCGCUAUGAUCAUCAAGCCCGUCUCACAGCAAGAGAGGCCAUGGAGCACCCUUAUUUCUAUCCCAUAGUGAAAGACCAAGUGAGGAUGGGCUCCUCGUCGGGAAUUUCUGCCGGAAACACCCCAGUUAGCUCCUCGAGUAUGAUGGCAGGAAUAACGUCAAUGUCUUCAUCGCAGCCGAUGGGUAACCUUGCUGGAUCCCCUGUCAUUUCCUCUCCGAACACUUUGGGAACACAAGUCCCAGCUGCCACAGGAGUGCAGCCCUGAACUCUGACCUCCGACCUCUGGUUAACCUGACAAAUAGGCCCUCCACCUCAUCCCCUUUUUUCAUGUUAUCUGAGUGCCAGCCAGCAGCCUCCAGUCCUGUGCUAUGAGCUGUAGAGGUGCUUGGCACUCUGGAGUUUAUUUUUAUUAUGUUGAGUAUAACAAAGAAAAAUUAGGUUCCUUUUUUCCGUACAAUAAUUAUAUAUUGAGAUUCAGACGCAACAAAAAUUUUAUGUUGUGUCUGUGUCUGGAUGAAAUGUAGCUGCGUUCUUUCAUGAUCACAGUGUCUAGAAAUGCAACUACAAUGUAGAAAUUAAAAAGAAAAAUGGAUAAUAAAAUUUAUUUUAUAUGUCCCAAAAGUA